UCAGUGUGAGGACAGAGAGGAGGGAGCCCCUCCCUCUAAAACCACUCUGGGUGGGGACCAUGACAGCCAGACCAAAGCUCAGAGGAUGCAGCAGCAGAAACCUGGACCUGAACCCAGCUGUGUGUCCAUGAAGAGUGACUGGUCUAUGGGUCGUCCUAUUGAGUUUAAAGAUGGACAAGCUGCUGAUGAAAGGAUGCAGCAACAGAAACCUGGACCUGAACCCAGCUGUGUGUCCAUGAAGAGUGACUGGUCUAUGUAUCGUCCUAUUAACUUUAAAGAUGGACAAGCUGUUGAUGAAAGGAUGCAGCAGCAGAAACCUGGACCUGAACCCAGCUGUGUGUCCAUGAAGAGUGACUGGUCUAUGGGUCCUCCUAUUGACUUUAAAGAUGGACAAGCUGUUGAUGAAAGGAUGCAGCAACAGAAACCUGGACCUGAACCCAGCUGUGUGUCCAUGAAGAGCGACCGGUCUAUGGGUCAUCCUAUUUACUUUAAAGAUGGACAAGCUGUUGAUGAAACGAUGCAGCAACAGAAACCUGGACCUGAACCCAGCUGUGUGUCCAUGAAGAGUGACCGGUCUAUGGGUCGUCCUAUUGAGUUUAAAGAUGGACAAGCUGUUGAUGAAAGGAUGCAGCAGCAGAAACCAGGACCUGAACCCAGCUGUGUGUCCAUGAAGAGUGACCGGUCUAUGGGUCGUCUUAUUAAGUUUGAAGAUGGACAAGCUGCUGAUGAAAGGAUGCAGCAACAGAAACCUGGACCUGAACCCAGCUGUGUGUCCAUGAAGAGUGACUGGUCUAUGUAUCGUCCUAUUCAGUUUAAAGAUGGACAAGCUGUUGAUGAAAGAGUUCACCAGGAGAGCUCAGAGGGCCUCGGUGGUCAGUCUGACCUGCAGCAGCAAACAGACCUGGACUCCAUAUUUAUGCUGUUGGAGGAAAGCAUCGUCACUUUUGUAAAGAAAGAGCUGAAGAAUUUUCAGAAGGUUCUGAGUCCAGAUUACCCAGAAUGCUUAGAGAGUCAGAGGGAGGAUGAGAAGGUUUUGGAUGGUGAGGAUGAGGAUGAAGAACAGAGGAGGAGGAGCAGAGAGGCAUUUCUGAAGAUCACACUGCACUUCCUGAGGAGAAUGAAGCAGGAGGAGCUGGCUGACCCAUUAAAUGUUGACAUUCUCUGAUUGAAUUUGUUGUUUUCCAACCUGGAGAAGAAGUUCCAGUGUGUGUUUGAGGGGAUUGCAAAAGCAGGAAAGCCAACGCUUCUGAAUAAGAUCUACACGGCAAUCUAUAUCACAGAUGAAGGGACUGCAGAGGUCAAUGAAGAACAUGAGGUCAGACAGAUUGAAACAGCAUCCAGGAAACCAGACAGACCAGAAACAACAAUCAGAUGUGAAGACAUCUUCAAAGCAUCACCUGGAAGAGAUGAACCGAUCAGAACAGUGAUGACAAAGGGAGUGGCUGGCAUCGGGAAAACAGUCUUAACACAGAAGUUCACUCUGGACUGGGCUGAAGGCAAAGCCAACCAGGACAUCCAGUUCAUAUUUCCAUUCACUUUCAGAGAGCUGAAUCUGCUGAAAGAGAAAAAGUACAGCUUGGUAGAACUUGUUGAUCACUUCUUUAGUGAAACCAAAGAAGCAGGAAUGUGCAGGUUUGAAGAGUUCCAGGUUGUGUUCAUCUUUGAUGGUCUGGAUGAGUGUCGAUUUCCUCUGGACUUCCACAACACUGAGAUCCUGACUGAUGUUACAGAGUCCAACUCAGUGGAUGUGCUGCUGACAAACCUCAUCAGGGGGAAACUGCUUCCCUCUGCUCGCCUCUGGAUAACCACACGACCUGCAGCAGCCAAGGAGAUCCCUGCUGAGUGUGUUGACAUGGUGACAGAGGUCAGAGGGUUCACUGACCCACAGAAGGAGGAGUACUUCAGUAAGAGAUACAGAGACAAGAAGCAGGCCAGCAGAAUCAUCUCUCACAUCAAGACAUCACGAAGCCUCCACAUCAUGUGCCACAUCCCAGUCUUCUGCUGGAUCACUGCUACAGUUCUGGAGAAGUUGUUGAAAACCAGAGCGGGAGGAGAGCUGCCCAAGACCCUGACUGAGAUGUACAUCCACUUCCUGGUGGUUCAGUCCAAACUGAAAACCAAAUACGGUGGAGGAGCUGGGAUCGAUUCAAACUGGAAUAAAAAGACGAAGAAGAUGAUUGAGUCUCUGGGAAAACUGGCUUUUGAGCAGCUGCAGAAAGACAACCUGAUCUUCUAUGAAUCAGACCUGACAGAGUGUGGCAUCGAUAUCAGAGAAGCCUCAGUGUACUCAGGAGUGUUCACACAGGUCUUUAAAGAGGAGAGUGGACUGUACCAGGAAAAGGUGUUCUGCUUCGUCCAUCUGAGUGUUCAGGAGUUCCUGGCUGCUCUUCAUGUCCAUCUGACAUUCAUCAACUCUGGAGUCAACCUGCUGUCAGAACAUCAAUCAACAUCCCUGCUGCCUAAUGCCUUCAGAGUCAAACCUAAAGUAAAAUGUCUCCAUCAGAGUGCUGUGGACAAGGCCUUAGAUAGUCCUAAUGGACACCUGGACUUGUUCCUCCGCUUCCUCCUGGGUCUUUCACUGCAGACCAAUCAGACUCUCCUACGUGGUCUGAUGACACAGACAGGAAGUAGCUCACAGACGUAUCAGGAAACAGUUGAGUACAUCAAGACGAAGAUAAGUGAGAAUCUGUCUGCAGAGAGAAGCAUCAAUCUGUUCCACUGUCUGAAUGAACUGAAUGAUGGUUCUCUAGUGGAGGAGAUCCAACAGUCCCUGACUUCAGGAAGUCUCUCCACAGAUAAACUGUCUACUGCUCAGUGGUCAGCUCUGGUCUUCAUCUUACUGUCAUCUGAAAACAAUCUGGAUGUGUUUGACCUGAAGAAAUACUCUGCUUCAGAGGAGGCUCUUCUGAGGCUGCUGCCAGUGGUCAAAGCCUCCAACAAAGCUCUACUGAGUGGCUGUGACCUUUCAGAGAGAAGCUGUGAAGCUCUGUCUUCAAUUCUCAGCUCCCAGUCCUCUAGUCUGAGAGAGCUGGACUUGAGUAACAAUGACCUGCAGGAUUCAGGAGUGACACUGGUGUCUCCUGGACUGAAGAGUCCACACUGCAGACUGCAAACUCUCAGUCUCUCAGGCUGUAUGAUCUCAGAGGAAGGCUGUACUUCUCUGGCCUCAGCUCUGAGAUCCAACCCCUCCCAUCUGAGAGUGCUGGACCUGAGCUACAAUCAUCUAGGAGACUCAGGAGUAAAGCUGCUUUCUACUUUACUGGAGGAUCCAAACUGGAGACUGGACACUCUGAGGGUGGAACAUGGUGGACCGCAGAGACUGAGACCUGGUGUGAGGAAGUAUGUCUGUGAACUGGAACUGGACACAAACACAGUAAACAGAUACCUCAAACUGUCUGACAACAACAGGAAGGUGACAGAUGUGGAGGAGAAUCAGUCAUAUCCUGAUCAUCCAGACAGAUUUGACUACUGGGUUCAGCUGCUGUGUAGAAAUGGUCUGACUGGUCGCUGUUACUGGGAGGUCGAGAGGAGAGGAAAGGUUCAUAUAUCAGUGAGUUACAGAGGAAUCAGAAGGAGAGGAUACAGUAAACACUGUAGGUUUGGAUGUAAUGAUCAUUCCUGGAGUCUGAUCUGCUCUGAUGAAGAUGGUUACUCUGUCAGGCACAAUAACAGAAGAACAUCCAUCUCCUCCUCCUCUGUCUCUAACAGAGUAGCAGUGUAUGUGGACAUUCCUGCUGGCUCUCUGUCCUUCUACACAGUCUCCUCUGACUCACUGAUCCACCUCCACACCUUCAACACCACAUUCACUCAACCUCUUUAUCCUGGGUUUAUGCUCUGGCCUGGUUCCUCAGUGUCUCUGUGUCCUCUGCAGGACUGAGAGUCUCUCCUGGUUCCUCAGUGUCUCUGUGUCCUCU